GUGGCCAUGGUUCUAAUACUGCUGGUCGCCAUUCCCCUGCUGGUCCAUACCGCCAAAGGGGGGAACACCGAAAAUGCAGGGAGUCAUUUUGAAAUGCUUGGGAGCUGCAGGAUGGUUUGUGACCCCUACGCUACGUCUCAGCCUGGCCAGGAGCUGACCGCUGUGUCGCCACCACCCCAGGAUUACUUGGGGAAGAAGCUGAAGUCUGGGUUUCGCGGGCCUCCGGGGAUCCCUGGCCCUCAAGGAGCACGUGGACCCCCUGGAGAGCCAGGCAAACCAGGGCCACAGGGGCCCCAAGGUCCAGGUCCUGGUGGCUAUUCUCCCUCACUCUACACUCCCAAAAUCGCCUUUUACGCAGGCCUACGCAAGCAGCAUGAGGGGAGUGAGAUACUGAAGUUUGAUGACGUGGUGACUAAUGUCGGUAACUACUAUGAACCCAGCACCGGCAAGUUCACCUGUCCUCUCCCGGGCAUCUACUUCUUCACCUACCAUGUUCUAAUGAGAGGUGGUGAUGGGACCAGCAUGUGGGCAGACCUGAAGAAGAACGGACUGGUAAGAGCCAGCGCCAUCGCUCAGGACGCCGAUCAGAAUUACGACUACGCAUCCAACAGUGUGAUCCUGCAUUUGGACGUGGGUGAUGAGGUGUGUGUGCAGCUGGACGGGGGGAAGGUCCACGGAGGGAACACAAACAAGUACAGCACCUUCUCCGGUUUCCUCAUCUACCCAGACUGAAAGUCAUCCUUCCUCACGGAGAAUGGACACCAACACACACGCAGACGUAAUAAUCACAAUUACACAGACAUGUUCAUCUGCAAAUCAAUGCACAUAUACAGACAUGCAGAGACUCCAUUCCUGCAUGGACAAAUAAACACACACAUACAGACACAGAGAUUACAGACGACCAAAAGCGUGGAUCGAGUCAGAGAGAAGUGGAAUUAAGUCGAGUUGUGUGAUUUUGAAGCCAAUCAUCAUAAAUAUCUGUAAUUAUUGGCGCCCUUUGUGCAAAUAUGAAUGUACAGUUAACAAUUGCUCAGAAAAAUCUAAAGUACUAUAAUGUGAUACCUAUUAACUGACAUUGUGAAAACUAGGAUAUAACAAUCACUCUCGGCAUAAUUGUUUUUCAAUGCAAUAAUGGUGUUGAGGUUGCCAUUGAUCACGAUGACUUAGCUGACCUCUGAUCGAAUGGCCUGCCUAUGUUUUACAACUCAUCGUUGUAAAAUAUAUUUCCCGACAGGGAUUUACAGCAGUUGAAAUUAAAUCCCUGUUGUGGUUCACCCUGUAUUGGGGCCAUACUGAUCAAAAUAAGGCCAUCUGAGUAAACACAGAUGUUUGACACCUCUUUUCUGUUUUCAUCACAAAGUCAGAUAUCGCAGCAAGAUCAAAACUAAACAUAUUACAAGGCAUCACAUUUUACGGAUGGCACUUGUGUGUGAUGAAGUUUAAAUUGCCAAGUGCAUUAUUGAAAAAAGUGUGUGUGUGCGUGUGUGUGUGUGGGGGUCAGUAGUAUGAGUGGAUACAUAGAUAUUGUAAUAUGAGGCAGUGAAAAGUAACAGCUGCUGUGUUUUACUUACAUUUAAUGUUGUACAAUACAUUACAGGCACAUUACUGUUAUUACACUGCCAUAUCGACUUAGUACUUUAUUUUUGAGAGAGCCUGUUAAAAUAUGAUCAUACAGUAUGUAUCAUACAGUAAACCUGGGAUCUGGUACGUUGAAUAGGCGGAGUAGACAACUGCUAUUAAAAAUAUCUAGACCUCC